UGGCGGCGCGGCCGAAGAUGGCGACAGACUGAGGGCGAUGGGGCCGGGCGGCGACGGCGGCGGCGGCGGGCGCGGCGCGGCCCCGGCACCGCGCCGGGGCAAGCGGAAAGCCGAGUGAGGGCGGCCGGGGCAUGCCCGGGGCCGGGGCGGGCGGCGGCGGCGGGGCGCGGCGGGGGCGGCGCGGGCAUGGCGGCGGCGCGGGGCAGGUGACAGCGGCGGCAGCGCGGCGCUGCCCGCCCGGCGCCCGCGCGCCCCCGGCAUGAUCCGCGGCGCCUGGAUGUCCCCCCGCGGGGGCGCCGCCGGCGGGGCCGUGUGCUGCGCGCCGCGCCGCAGCGACAAGCCGGUGGCCGACCCCGAGCGGGCGCAGAAAUGGCGCCUGUCGCUCGCCUCGCUCCUCUUCUUCACCGUGCUCCUCUCCGACCAUCUGUGGCUCUGCGCCGGGGCCAAGCUGCGGGCGCGGGAGCGGCCGCGGGGCCGCGGGCCGCGGGCGCUGCUGGCGGCCGAGCCGGCGGACGGCGGCGGCGGCAGCUGCGAGGCCCUGCUGGGCAACCUGAGCCGCGGCCCCGGCGGGCCCUGCCCCGCCGCCCGCGGGGACCUGGACUCGGCGUGCGCCCGGCUGCUCGCCCCGCAGCGCCCGCGGGCCCCCGGCGCGCCCCUGCGCUCGCCCCCCGCCGCUGCCGCCGCCGCCGCCGCGCCCUUCUUCGCCUCGCCCUCGUCCAAAAGGACCUUCCUGCAGGCUUACUUCAGGAACUUCAACCUCUCCUUUUGUGAUACUUACACGAUCUGGGACCUGCUGCGGGAGAUGGCCGGCCCCGACGGCCUGGACUGCAGCCUGGACAACCUGAUGGUGGACCUGGUGGUGGCGGCGGCGGGGGCGCUGGGCGGGGAGGCCUGUAGCAGCUGCGUCCAGGCGUACCAGCGGCUGGACCAACACGCUCAGGAAAAAUACGAGGAGUUCGACCUCUUGCUGGAGAAGUACUUGCAAUCGGAAGAGUACUCGGUCAGAUCCUGCCUGACGGACUGCAAGGCUGUCUAUAAGGCAUGGCUGUGCUCCGAGUACUUCAACGUGACCCAGCAGCAGUGCCGGCAGCGGAUCCCAUGCAAGCAAUACUGCCUGGAGGUGCAGACCAGGUGCCCGUUCGUGUUACCGGACAAUGACGAGCUGAUCUAUGGAGGUUUGCCUGGCUUCAUCUGUACGGGGCUGCUGGAGAAUCAGCUGCCUGACGAGGAGGCCAAGUGCUGCGAGGUGCAAUGGGACUCCUGUGAGCACCCCCCAGACAGCAACGAGGACACAUCCACCAAAUCCACGGCAUCAGAGUCACUCCAUUUCCACCGCCACGACCCCCACCUCCAUCACCAGAGGCAGAACCACUACCACCUCUACCACCACCACCAGUACCACCAGUACCACCAGCCCCGCUCCCCAUCCUUGCUGCCGGUCUCCGCGGGGUCUCGCCUUGGCAGCAGCAGGAUCAGACUGUGCGUGCUGGUCCUGGUGCUCCUCCACACCAUGGUGUCCUUCUCGAGCGUGCACGGCGGCGCCGGGGGGCUCAGCCUGGAGGCCCCGCCCACCCUGGAAGAGAGCGUGGCACGGGACGAGUGACAC